CUGAAAAAAAUUGCGAUAAGAUACAAGAUUUGAUAUAAAAGAUGUUUUUAAGUGGAACUAGCGUAAACGUAAUAAUUUUGGUAGAGAACAUUUUUAUUCUUCCAAAAGCUAUUUGGUUAUAAAAUGAAGUGUAUUUACAUAGUAGCUCUAUGCUUAAUUUUAAUAAAUGGUGAAAGUAUAAUCGAGGUUGAAGAUACAAACGUGAAAGAUCCAACUUUCGAACAAGAUGCCAUAGAAUCUUACAAACAAGCACACGACAUGGUUCCUACGGAAAAUGAGUUAUUUUACCAAACACUAUCAUUGUUGUUCGGUAGUAAACGAAAUGAAUCAGAUAGUUGGAAAAUUUCAACAAACUGUGCGGGAUUUUUUAAUCCAAAUAAAACUAGUCCUUAUAUAGUUUUAUACGUUAAUUAUACAACUUCUGCGAGACAUAUAAGAAUAUUUGCUUAAAUCGGAAACUUAAUUUUUAGUAUAAUUUAGAAAAUAAAUUUAUGUCUUCACUGUGUUA